AACCCCCUCCUCCGCGCCUCCAACCCCCUCGUCACCGAUCUCGAACAAGAAGUCCUCGACGAAUACUCCCGUCUCUUAGGGAACGUCAACAAAUUAUCGGAUAAAUUAUCAGACCUCGCCGGCUCCCCCUCCUCAUUGACACUCGACGGCCUGCGCCUCCUCGAGCGCAAAACAGCGACAGUGUGCACGUUGCUCAAAGCGAGUGUUUAUAGUAUUGUCCUUCAGCAGCAGAUUUUCAAUGAGAGUGAGGAGCAGCAACAGCAACAAGCUCAGCAGGAGGAACAACAGCAG